AUGAAGGAAGCGAUGUGGAUCUGGAACUGGAAGACGGAUCGGAUCACCAUGAAGAAAACGAUAGAGAUUACCGUAUCUGAAGAAAAUGCUGAAAAUAUGGCAGAGCCUACGAAAGGAUUCGAUGAUGAAGAAGACCGUGAUCCUGGACCGAUUAAGGAACCCGACUCGAAAGAAAAAGAUUCAGAUGCAUCACCUUCCAGCCAGAUGGAGGAGGUGUUCCUGUCUCCUCCUAGUUGCUUUACUACGGACGAACGUAACAAUAUAGUGGUAGGGUUUGUGGAUGGUAUAGUGCAAUUUGCCAAUUAUGAUGUCUCGAAGAAGUUGUUCAAGACUCAGUGGAAGUUCAAAACAAAGGCAAGCGUUCGAGGAUUGCUGUUUAAUCGAGAUCAGUCGGAAGUGUUUGCUAUAACAAGCAAUAGGGGAUUGUCAUGCUUUGAUGUGGAGACGGGAAGAAGGAAGCGAUGUCUUGUUCGAGGGCAUGAUGAUAAGCCUACAUCUAUUUGUCUUUUGCAGCCAAAUGCCAGUAAAUUUCAACAGUUUGCUACCGGCGAUGAAGUCAGGCGAGGUACGUACUUGGGAUCUCCGAGCAAGUUCUCCAAUGAUUUGUUCUUGGAAGGAGCAAGAAGCGGCCGUGAUGGCUACCUAGAGGUUUUCGUUCACGGUGAAUACGGGAACCUUUUGGAGCGAAUCGAAACUGGAUUCGAAAUGGGCGUGGACGAUGUGGUGGAGCUCCGAAAAGGACUUCUGAUGACAUGCAGUGGGUCAUCGGAUAAAUUAAAAACUUAUAAACGUAAUGCCAACUAA